AUGAAUAAGAUUGCCAUACACGAUUUAUUAAAUCCUCCAAAUACAACAAAGACUCAUGAACAGUUAGAGUCCAUUAACACACAACUAAACACAAUAUGUUCUGUAUUUCCAACAACUGAAAAUCUCGACUUUAAAACAUAUCAAGAGCAACUUCGAAAUAUUGCAGUUACAUUGUCAUCAUUAACAAAUCAGAAUGAACUAAGUUCAGAAAACAAGAAUGUUCUACGAGUAACAUACCAGAUAUCUUCAGUUCUCCUUAAAUUAUUGGGCGAGAACGCCCAUAAUAAGGAUCAGCCUAAAACACCAACUUCUGGAUCUGAAUCUGAACGAAAUCCAAAGUUGGUUUUUAAUAUUCUAACAAAGAAGAGGAUGAGUCCUACAUCAAAUGAACCACGCAGGGGUCAUAGAUUAGCAAAAGAAAAGGUAGAUUUACUAGAACAUUGGUAUAUUCAACAUAUGGACAACCCAUAUUUAAAUAAAGCAAGCUUACAAAUGCUAAUGCAAGAAACAAGUUUAUCCAAGAUGCAAAUAAAGAACUGGGUGUCCAAUAGAAGAAGAAAAGAAAAAUCACUAUCCAUAGCACCAGAGAUUGUUGACAUUCUAAAUAAACAAAAGUAA